AUGACGUUUCGUGUAGAAAAGGGUGGCACCCUUUUCAGGCCAGUGGUGAAAUCAAGGGCCCGGACUGCGAACAGCUCUCGACAGGCAUCUGUUGCCGCCGGAGAGCAACUCAGAUUGGAGGCAAGACAAGAAACUCCACACGAAGAAGGAACAUCGUCUCACUUGACGAGCUCUCAAAGUCGAAACCAGAAAGAGCAUUCCAUCAGCCAGCAGCCAGAGCCAGAUCCGGUCAACAGGAUAAACGUUUGUUCUCAAGAUCCAUUCACUAUACCUUCCCAGCCUCCUCCUCCAGUCCCUACGGCAGCUGCAUCACUUAUAGGCAUUCCCACUGUACCCAUCCGACGGUCUACUCCAAUUAUUGUGCAGACUCGCAAUACUUCGAAUUCGAGGCCCAUCAGCUCACUCGGAUCUACCACUAAUGGUAAUAACCAUACGAAUACUGUGGACUCCACGAUCAAUCAUGACAGUUUUUCUGUAGAAUCAAUACAAGUUGAUGAAUCGAGGGCCAUUCCUUUGAGUAGCAUUAGGUCCUCCCAAUCUACAGGAGAACCCACAGCAAACCCUACAGCAGCGCUAACGAAUUCCAAUUCAGCGACUGCCACCAUAGGCGAGGCGAACCCAUUGGAUCAUAAUGCGAAAGGGAAAGGUCGCCGUAAAAGUCUAGAAGUGACUGGCUCCAAGAAGCGGAAGCGGCGCAAGGGAGAAAGUCAAGAAGGGGAAGAUGUCGAAAAUGCAGAGGAUGUACCUCCUACGAAACAUCCCCGCUCUCGUGCCUCUAGCAGCACACCACGUCCUAGAAAACGCGUACCAUCUCCUCCACCUUACGACCCCGACGCCGACCCAGGGGAGGAUAUUGACCCGACAACUGUUACGAUGGCCUCAUUGUGCACUGAUACAGGUCAAGGAAGAGUUAGUAAAAAGGCUGCUGAAAUACUGAGCAACCACGCAGCUUGGAAAAUAAAAAACCGUGAAAAAAGAGCACGCAUGAAACAAAUAAUGGAAGCAAAGAAAUAUGGAAGAGAGGAGGAAGCGGAAGCGGAACUGAACGCAGAAUCUUCCACUGCAGAAAACGGUACCACGCCAGCACAAGAGAAUGCUUCCGCCCAUCAUACCGUCACAGAUGAUACAGGAAAUGGUUUCGAUUAUUCCCAAGACUUAACAACAAGUCGUUUCAAUGUUCAAGUUCGCAUCGGACCAAAUGGCGAGACAAUAAUUGAUGAAAACUCCCUUGUGGUAGAUCGUGUCGAAGACGAUGGGACAGAGAAUUAUACCCAUGUUGUUGAGUCGGACCAUACCAAAUUUGUGAAUUCUGGGACCUAUAGCAAACGCUACCGUGGCUCGCGCUGGAGUGCUGAGGAAACCGAGUUGUUUUAUGAUGCUCUUUCUCAAUAUGGGGAAAAUUAUGAGCUAAUUGCCUAUGUCCUGCCCGGUCGCGAUAGAAAAUCGUGUAAAAACAAAUUCAAAGUGGAAGAUAAAAGAAAUCAUGCAAGAAUCAACCACUGUCUUAAUAACAGUAUCCCAGUUGACAUGACAACGCUCUCCAGAAUGACUGGCAAGGAUUUUACAGGUCCUGUGCCGGAAAUACGUGCACCGACGCCACUUCCCCAGAUACCUCCCGCUGAAAACGAUUCUGUAGAAAACACACCAGUACAAUCCACCGUUAAAAAACGUAGUCGCAGCAAAAGUCACGGUUUAGAUAGCGGUGUCGUGGUAAUUGGCGAUGCAGAAACUUUUUCAUCAGGUCGCCAUAUUGCCAAGUCAAUUACGACUAACACGGCCCAAGGAAGGCUUCCCGUAAGGAUCCAAAUAUCUUCUCGUAACCCUUCCAAAAUCUUUGAGUCACUUCAAUUCGACAAAAACAUCCCACAAGACUAUCUUUUGCCACCUGUAUCUGUUGAUAUCACCAAUCCGUCGACCCUUCAGACCGCAUUUCAAGGGGCUAAUGUGAUAGUAUCCCUUGUUGGAAUUAUGCAUGGCACACCUCAAGAGUUUGAAAGGAUACAGCUUCAAGGCGCAGAAAACGUAGCAAGGGCGGCAAAAGAGGCGGGUGCGAAACUAAUACAUAUCAGUGCCAUUGGCGCAGAUCCUCAUAGCAGUAUACCGUACUGGAGAACCAAAGGCAUGGCCGAAAAUUCCAUAUUCAGAAUCGAUCCCAGCUCAACGAUAAUUCGUCCAAGCCUUAUUUUCGGGCCAGAAGAUGAUUUUUUUAACCGUUUUGCUAGGCUUUCGAGUUUUCUUCCGUUUUUGCCCGUUUUUGGCGGGGGAAAAGCCCGUUUCCAGCCUAUAUAUGUAGGGGAUCUGGCCCUACUUGUCGCCUAUCUAUCUACAAGUAAAGACACUCGCCUUCUGAAGUUGUUUGAAGGCAGAGUGAUUGAAGCCGGCGGUCCUCAAACGUUUACAUAUAAGGAACUGAUGCAAAUGGUGCUGGAUGUAACGGGACGGAAACGUCUCAUUAUUUCUUUACCCUUUGUUGUUGGAACUUUGCAAGGCGCUCUUUUGGAAAAACUUCCUGUGAACCUGUUUACGGUAACGCGAUCCCAGGUUGAACAGUUGCGCUUCGACAAUGUUAUUAAUCAACCUAUGCCGCCGGAUCAUAUUUCACUGCAAGAUGCUAUUCGACAUUUUGGGCCUAAUGGACCGUUGCGGACUGUCGCCGAAGUUUUGCCCACCUAUCUUCAUUAA